ACUCAGUGCUACAGUGAUACAAAAUGGUGAAGUUCGAAGGAGAUUUCAGUAUAAACUCUAUACUGAUGAAUCAUGCAGCCUCCAAGGCCCCGCUCUCUCCGGCGCCUUCCACUGAGGCCUCGCCCUCCGAGACGGACCUCAGCGAUUCCGAGCUCGACGUCACCGGAACCGAACCCGUCGACUGCUCCAAGCCCAAGGACGACGACAACGGCGAAAAGAAACACGAGAAGCCAGCGUACAGCUACAACGCUCUCAUCAUGAUGGCGAUAAGGAACAGUCCCGAGAAACGACUCACGCUGAACGGCAUAUAUGAAUACAUCAUGACCAACUUCCCGUACUACAGGGAAAACAGACAAGGCUGGCAGAACUCGAUCCGACACAACCUGAGCCUCAACAAGUGCUUCGUGAAGGUGCCGCGACACUACGACGACCCCGGCAAGGGCAACUACUGGAUGCUGGACGCGUCGGCCGACGACGUGUUUAUCGGCGGCACGACCGGGAAGCUGCGGCGGCGGUCCGCGCUGACGGGCCGCGCUCGGCUCGCGUGCUUCAAGCGGCCGCUGUUCCCGGGAGCCGCGCCCUACCCACCCGCCGCCUACUCGCAGCUCGUCGGCCUCUACUCGCAGCUUCUCUACCAGAGGUACGCGCCGAUGCAAAUGAAGACCAUGCCGGUGGCUCCCAGCGCUGUCCAUCCCGCAUUCCGUGACGCUGUCGGGUACAGCGCGUUGCAGUACUCACCCUCUUUGUAUGAUCGGAUGCCGACGGCGCCAUUCCUGGGCCAGGCGUCCCUUCUGGCAAAUACCCCACUGGCGCAGCCCCAGCUGCUGACUCCAUCGCCACCAUCGCUACACUCUCCGCCGACCUCUGGCUCCUCCAGUCCGGAACUGCCCUCGCCGUCUCAUCAUCCUCUCUCGCCACACAUCUACAAGCCGGUGACGGUUCUCACGAGGCAGUGA